UGGAGGUAGGAAUCAAAGAAUAUGAUGGAGUAAUCUGGGAUUAUUAAUACUACCCUCCAAAUCGAAAAUGAACAAAAUAUUAAGUUACCAUAAAUAAUGAUAGAAUCAUAGAAAGUAGGUAGAAUUUGAUAAAAGGUUUAAUUUGCAUAAAUAAGUCACUUAUAAUGGUUAAUAUAAUAUGCAAGUUAUGAAGAUCGGUACCUGGUAUAGUAUAUAUUGUAUGGAAAGAGAGAAGGAAUAUAUAUAGAUGUGGAAUCAAUAAGAAUUGAUAUUGCAUUCUUAAAUAAAAAUUUCAUUACGCUACGCCAAUGUAUAAAGUGCUUUAAAAUUUGGAAUGCCCCAUUCAAGGUCGAUUUGUUUCUUCAUCUUUCUGAAUGUAAAAAAAUAAUAGAAAUAGGGGCUAUUAUACCUAACCAAACCGUCAAAUUGAU